AUGGGGUUCGUCUGUCUGGGUCUAAACCAGAAGAGGAGAGACCCAGACAGACGGCAAAGAGCUGUACAGUCUCCACCUGUGGGACAGAUCUCCACACCUCCCUCUCCCCUCCUCCCCUCUCCUCCCCUCUCCUCCCCUCUCCUCCCCCCUCCUCCCUGUCCCAUGAUCGGCCUGUUUGCUCUGUGCAGCUGCAGUCUCGGUGCUUUCAUACUGGGUCAAUAUUGUCUCACGCAGCUUCAGAAAAGCAGGGAUGGAGUUUUGGGCUCGUCCAUUGUCGCAGAGACCUCUUUAGCGCUUUGUGGUGAAGCGUACCAAACAACUGCUUCCUUCCCCCCUCCCUCCCCUCCAACACACCCCCAUUCACCCUCAUCUCCCCCGUCUCCCCCCUCCUCACCCACGUCUGCCCACGCGCCUCGCACACCGGGCCGGAACCCCCAGCGACAGCACGGGUCUUUCCACAGCCGUGUGAUGUGCCCAGGUGACGAGCCCAGACCCAAAAACACAACCUUCAAAAACCCCAAAAACUGCUGUUAUUAUUAUUCACCCGCCGUCGUGUGUUUCCUCACUGACAUCAAAUACCUGCCGUCUCGCUCCUAUCAGUGCGAUAAGGCCAGUGUGAAGCGGCUUCUGAUAAGGAGCGAGGUGGGUGGUCCUGACCCCCUUGGGCCUCCCCUCCCAUGUCUGCUCAGGUGCACUGACUGA